AUGCAAAAAUCAACUAGAAACAAAUCCAUCCAAACCCAUCCUGUCAUUAUCUUACCUAUAUCUGAUUACCUCACAAAAUCCCACUAUAUGCAGCAAUUGGAAGAUCAACUGAGUUCAAUUUUACCCGAAGAUGAUACUUAUGAGAUAAAGGUUAAUUAUAUCAAUAUGCACCCACGUUAUGAUUCGGUAAAAAGGAAAUCGGCUGAUGUAAAUAAUCCCAGUGCAAUUGAGGGUUACGAAGGAUAUGAAGAUCUACCUGUAUGUUCCGGAAAGCUGUUAACAUUGCUAAGUCCGAUAUAUGUGCUGAAAGGAUCGCGGGACACCAUUGAUCAUGAUGGAUGUGAAGUUGGCGAUGAGUUCGAAUUCAUUAGUGAAGUGCCAAACAAUCCAACAAUACUUCGGUUGAAGCAUUUGAGAACGGCAAGAGUCCUGAACAUCGAUCGUUCGCACGUCGAAUUAGAUAUCAACACACCCUUACGUUUAGGUAACACGAAUCGGGCUGUUAUCGAAUGUUUUCUACUCAAAUGUGACACUCGAUACAGUUUUCUAAUUUACCGAAGUGAUCAAGAUGAAAACGUGUACAUUCUGAGUGCGAAUCAACAUCAUCUAACAAAAGAUGCUCUGAUAUCACAUUACUCGAUACGUAUCAAUAAGCAAAACAACUGCUUCUAUUUGGAACAAGAAAGAAACCUACGGCAUUGUUUCUUUAAGACAUUUCAACAACUAGUGAACAGUCCCAAAGUGCAUCAGUUCAUUCGAUUAUCGAAACCGGUUGACCGUCAUCUAUCCAUGGAUGAGGAUGAACUGUGGCAAAUCGAUUUUAAUCAUUUAACUAUUGGACAUAAGAUCGGUUCGGGAGCCUUUGGUGAAGUUUUAGGUGGCAAAUGGAAAAGAAAUGGUCUAUUCGAAACAAUCGAUGUUGCCAUAAAGAGAUUGAAAUUAAACGAUGUUGUAUCAGAUGAAUUUGCCUUGGAAAUAUGUGCAAUGAAACGACUAAGAAACAAAUAUCUCGUUUCACUACUUGGAAUUGCUGUCGAUCCCGUCACAAAUGAAAAACUAAUGGUCACAGAAUUCAUGGUCGAUGGUGAUUUGAAAAAGUGGUUAGAACGUCAGGCCACAUUGCCAUCGGACGAGAUAUUGCUCAAUUUUUGUCAUCAGAUCUGCCUGGGUAUGUCAUGUUUAGAACGUAAUAAAUUUAUUCACUGCGACUUAGCCUGUCGUAACAUUCUUCUACAAGGAAAUCGAGCAAAAAUAGCUGAUUUUGGUAUGGCACGCAUCAGUGAGGAAGACGCCUAUUAUCGAGUUGCAAUGAGCCAAACAUCCGUUGGCAAAAUACCGUAUCGAUGGACGGCGCCUGAGAUAUUUGCUGGAGAAGCUUACACAAGCCGUUCUGACGUUUGGUCGCUUGGCAUCUGUCUAGUCGAAAUCUGGAGUAAAGCUAGUAAUCCAUAUCCUACACUGGCGCAUGCAGCAGAUGUGGUAGCAAAAGUACGAGCUGGCUAUGUACAUGAAAAGCCGAAGCAAUGUUCAGAUAAAUAUUAUAGUAUCAUCAAAACUUGUCUCGUGUUAGACCCAGACAAGCGUCCAACGUUUAAAUCACUAUCGGAGUACUUCAAAAUUUUACUUAUCGACAAAGAUGCAAAAACUAUCACACUAGAUAUCAAACGAAGCAAAAGUGGCAAUGAAUACUUCAGACGCAACGGUAAUGUCGCAUCGCCUUACAAAAUGAAAGAAACAAAUCCGACUAAGACCAAUUCGAUAGAAGAGGAUGAUCCGCAUCCAUACAUUUAUGCGUCUACAACUGCACCUAAUCCGUCGAAAAUGUCAAAGAACAGUACCUCGACACCAAAAGUAACCCCUGUUGAGAAUGCUUCUAAAACAGUCUCCGCAAUAGGACCUUCGAAAGUCGAUGUACCAUUAUCGAACAAUUCUGCUAAAUCUUCCACUUUAUCGGCACCGAAAUCAGCGAUGCAAGAUUCAAAAAGUUCAGACCAAAAUCUCACCGAUAUCAACGAUCGGGAUGCAGAUGGCCCGACCCAGUUUUGA